GAAUUAGCACUGUGUUUGUGGCAGUUUAGCCUUAGAAGGACUCUGCCGCCGUACAGACAGCCUCCAACAUCAUCAGUUGUAAUUGGGUGUGAAGACUCGCCUUCUCCUUGCGCACUGGAUUAUGCACAAGGCUUUCCUACCCAAUGAUCCUCUUGCAACACGCUGGGCUUCCUCCACCUAAGCAGCCUUCAUACUCUCCUCCUAUGUCAGUGGCCACCAGGUCUACAGGCACCUCGCAGCUUCUGCAGCAGAAGCCUUUUGGCCAGGAGGCUCCCUUGCCUCUGGCAGGGGAAGAAGAGUUACCUAAGGCUGGGGAGCAAGACACUGCCCUGGAGGAGCUAUGUAAGCCCCUGUACUGCAAACUCUGUAAUGUCACCUUGAACUCGGCGCAGCAAGCCCAGGCUCACUAUCAGGGUAAAAAUCAUGGUAAGAAACUCCGAAACUACUAUGCAGCCAAUAGCUGUCCCCCUCCUGCAAGAAUGAGUAGCGCCGUGGAGCCUGCAGCUGCUCCUGUUGUUCCGGUCCCUGCACAGAUGGGCUCCUUUAAGCCCGGAGGCAGAGUGAUCCUCGCCACAGAGAAUGACUACUGUAAACUCUGCGAUGCCUCCUUCAGCUCCCCGGCUGUGGCGCAGGCUCAUUAUCAAGGGAAGAAUCACGCCAAGAGGCUGAGGCUGGCCGAAGCUCACAGUAACUCGUUCUCGGAUUCAUCGGAGGUGGGUCAACGGCGGGCCCGGAAAGAAGGGAAUGAAUUUAAGAUGAUGCCAAAUAGGAGAAAUAUGUAUACAGUCCAGAAUAAUUCAGCAGGUCCUUAUUUCAACCCUCGCUCUCGACAGAGAAUUCCACGUGACCUAGCCAUGUGUGUUACUCCAAGUGGCCAGUUUUACUGCUCAAUGUGCAACGUUGGGGCUGGUGAAGAAGUGGAAUUUCGGCAGCAUUUAGAGAGCAAGCAACACAAAAGCAAGGUGUCUGAACAGCGGUACAGGAAUGAGAUGGAGAACCUGGGCUAUGUAUAGUGGCUGUCAUGUUCAGAUGCCUGUUUGCCUUCUGUCUACUUGCCCUGCUUUGUGAUCCUUUGAUCUGAGUCCACUCUUGUGCUUGAUGUUAACACAUGUACCCUGCAGUGGUACCACGAGAUGUCGAAACCCUGGGGACGGCGGGAGGGAGGUGUGCUUAGGCCCUAACACUUUUUCAGGUCCACUGUGUCGAGCUCUUUAUAGCAUGUGACUUACCUACCCCAUCACCCCAUCAGAAAUAACCUUUACCUUGGCCGAGUUCUGGUUGACUUAGAAAUAUGACCAUUUAAAAAUUCCGUCUGCUUUUGCAGUUUUAGUUUUAUGUAUUGUUAGGUAAAGAGUUGGGUUGAGUUCUUACUUCAGAUUGCAAUAAAGGCUGAGAUCGAUCCUCCAGGCUUCCCAGGAAACAUCAUCUCAAUGCACUGCCCGUAGGAGAUACCAUCACAGUCCUUAUGAGGGUCUUUUCCAGACAUGGCCCCCUGUAUUCUGGCCCUGCGUCACUGAACAGCGGGUUUUCUUAAAUUCAUCUGUUUUCAGGGUGCUUGUGUUCUUCCAAAUGGCAGAACUUCAUUUCCAGUCAUGGGUUUCCCAUAUUUGACUGCCACCUCCUACUCCGCCCUCACCCUCCCAGUUGAGUAAUCUUGCUAAUAGGCUUAUUUUCGUGCCCUAGCUGUGCCAUGGGUUUUCCAAACCAUGGAUUUGAAUGUAGGAGUUUAAGAUGGGCUUGGUUUUAAAAAGAAUGUUUCCCUUCUGAUUUCAGAAAUAAUAAGAUGUGUUUGCUCUUUCAAUCUGGAGUUUUGUUUUCAUUGAUGGUAGUGUAACAUACAAUUUAUGAUUGUCUCAACCAUAAGAGCUCUUGAUAUUUUUUUUUUUGGUAGAAAUUUUUAGCGGAACCAGUCCUUACAUGAUAUCAUUUUCUGUUUGAUCAGUUUGUUGAUGGUUAUCAAAAAGACAUUAAUACCAUUACCUGCUGUUUUGUAGAUAGAGAAUAAAUUUUUUUUUAAAAAGCUGGUCAAGUUUCAGUAUCUCUAUUUCCAGUAGGAAAUUGUUUUUGUUUUUAAAAUAAGAAGCCAUAGUGUAUAUCUAGAUUGCCAAUGGAGUAUUUAGAAGCUUCAUUAAUUACAUUUGUAUCUGUUUAUUAUAUUUUACUUUACACAGAGAAGAUAAGAGCUCAUCCAUAUUUCUUUUGAAAGAUCAGGUUCACCGGGAAGUUUAUUGUGAGCAGCAUCUUUGUAGGUUGGCAGAUGCUUAUUUGAUUGCUAAUGUUACUAAUGAAAUCUCUGGGUAACCUUGAGAAUUAUAUAGGCAAACAGAUAAAAAGGGAUAAUCAUUGUUUCUUUUGGGUAAUACUUUGGAACCAUUUUAAAUAGUUUAGGCCUAAAUUUAAAAGUCAUUUUCUGUUAAGGUAGUGGUUUAUUGAAAAGUAGAAUUAUUUCAAUUUUUUUUUUUCUCUGAGAAACAGAAAAAUGAAAUAAUUUUGUAUUUAGAUUCUGUCUGGAUCUGCAAACUCUUAUUACAGUAAGCCUUUGUUGUAGUAGUUGAGUCUAUAGUUAAUUAGUUUAGGGCAUUUUAAGAUUUGUCUCAUUGGCUAGUAGGUUUACUCUUUUUGCUGCUACAUAUAAUUUUUUGGUAUAUGUUAAUAUAGUAUUGAUUUUAUGAUUGAAAAAUCUCUUUCCUAUAGGCGUGUGUACGCAUUUCACACAUACCACCUCCUCCCACCCCCUGCCAGAAUUUCACGUGAUUCCCUGGAGAGAAUUUCACUCUAGAUGACAUUAAAGAUUGUGAUAGGAAUUUCCUUUUUGUAAAAAAAGCCUUCAUCUACUUUGAGUUUUCCUUUUGGAAAUGAAAUUAAAGGAUUUAUUUCCCUGCCCUCUUCACUAACAGUUUGAAUAUAUGUGUACAAAAAGCAGUGGACUUAAGGGCUUGAUGUUUUUUCAGGCCUUGUGUAUUCAGGUUUCCAGUUUCCCAGUGCCCUUAAUGGAUGUUAUGAAUGCGUAAGUGUAUUUUCUUUUAAAGAAAGAAGUUAGAUUUAUAGUGUUACUUCUUACUUGCUAUAUUUCUUUGCACUAACAAAGAACUAUGUAUUUGUUUUAUAUGAUACUUUAGUACCAUAUUGCCUACAAUGAUUUUUUUCUUAAUUUCCAAAUUCUAGUCGGUGAAUACCUUCCACGAUCAUUCACAGAGCUUUCAUUCAUAUCUGAAAAACAUCACAGAUCUCUACGGUAGUAGGCUGUGUUUUGGGCUAGUUACAUUGCAGUGUUCUCUUGUUCCACAGGUAAGAGGGUGACAGAAGUCGCCAUCGCUGCAUGGGACAGUUUCUUGUAUUGGCACAUUUUGUGUAGACAGUGUUCCUUCCUUCUCGACAGGCUGCGGUUGCCUCUGAAUUAGUGAAGCGUGAUCUCUGUUGAUUUCAUUUUGUCAAGUCCAGUCCUGCUCUGUAACAUGCUUGAGGGUCUGCACCCUGGGUCCAUCAGAAACCAUGCCUCUUCAUAUGUCACGGGCAAGGGUGGACAGAGGCCAAAACAAAGAAAAACUAUCAGUUAAAAAGUAGAUUUUAGUAAUCAUCUGUAAGAAUGUAUAGCAUCAAAGUCUCUUUUCUCUGUGACUAUCUUUGUGUACAUUGCCAUUAAAAAACAAAUUAGAAGAUAUUUAUCAACUCUUCUAAGAUAUGGAGAGUGAAAGGUUAUGAAGGAAAAUUUCCAUGUUUCAGUUAAGAUUGUGUUGUAUAUGCCUUUAAAGUCCUUUUUAACAAAAGUUUAGAUAUAAAAUGCAGUGUGUCCUGUAAUCCCCUGGCUCCACACUGAAUAGAAAAUACUUUGUUAGUCUUGUCUUGGUCAUGUCCUGCAACUUGUAAAUACGUGCAUGUGGUUUAUGUUUAUCUGCUUGUCUUUUAUUGCACUGAUUUCUGUGAAGUGGAUAAUUUUUUUAUCAUUCAUUCUGAAAAAGUCCCCCACACUCUCUGUCAUUAUUUUCCUUUUUAAUUAGUUGGUAGACUUAGGAACCUAUAGGAGUUUUGAAUCCCUGAGUGGGACCGAAGACUCAUGGCUGAACUGAUCACAGCCCUCUCACUUGAUGGGUUACUGAGAGGUACCAGGUCUUCCACUACAUUUUACAGAGCUGUUCUGCAGAACUCUAUGCUUAUUUACAGCUACCAAGUUGCAAUUUGAACACAAAGGAAAGGAUAUAUAUAU